AUGAACGCUAAAGGCACCACUGAUUUAGAUCGACAGGUAUACGUCAACCGAGGAUGCGAUCCCUUGCAGAUUUUCAAGGGCGUCAGCUAUACAGUCACAUACCAACUGUAUGUUAAGAUGAUCCGUUCAGAAGGAACAAUAUAUAAGGGCGACGUGAUUGUCCUUGAUGAUGAGGGGGUUACAGCUUCUUUCAAGGGUGUAGCGCCGAGGGGUAUUCCAUGUAAAGCUUUCAAUAUGGUGUUACAAGCAGCUGUAGAGGGCAGAGAGCUUAACGGCCCAAAAGCGCCUGCAAGUAACCUGACUGCUUCCGCUGUCACUGCUGCUGCUGCUCUUCCUGUGGCACCAAGACCACCAGUAGUGCCUACAAUUUCUUCAACAGCACCGGUUGACGCCCACGGUAUUGAAAAACUUCCGGUUCAAAAGAGCCCUGUAAAGAUGGAAAUCAAGCAAACACCUCCAACAGCAAAUGUUCAACCUUCCGUCUCACAUCGGCCUCCCCCUCAACCUAAAUCUGACCACAAGUGGAAAGCGGCUCUGACAAUAAUCCUAGAGGAAACUGGGCUUUCGGCAGAUUAA